AUGGCUUCCAAGUCAUUAUGGAGAAGUCUGCACUACAGCGCAAAACGUCGCAAUGUGCUCUCGACAGCGCCGUAUCGCUGCUUCUCGUGCUCCCUGCGCGCGGCGCAGUCUCCUGCGAGUAAGGCCGAGGAGAACGCGCGGAUGACGCAUUUUGGGUUUGAGUCGGUUCCGGAGGGAGAGAAGGAGUCCAAGGUUGGCGCAGUGUUCAGUUCGGUUGCAAGCUCGUACGACACAAUGAACGACCUGAUGUCGCUUGGGAUUCAUCGACUCUGGAAAGACCACUUUGUGCGCUCGCUCAACCCGGGCUCGCCAUUGGCGUCUCGCGGUGCGGAAUCGUCGGGCAAAGGGUGGAAUAUUCUUGAUAUUGCUGGCGGCUCUGGCGACAUUGCCUUCCGAAUGCUGGACCAUGCGACGAACAUCAACAACGAUCGCGAGACACGCGUUACUGUUGCGGACAUCAAUGCCGACAUGCUGACCGAGGGCCGCAAACGAAGCAUCGACACGCCAUACUACAAUACCAAGCGCCUUUCCUUUAUGGAGGCCAAUGCCCAGGAGAUGCCCUCGAUCCCGGACAACUCCAUCGACCUAUACACGGUAUCGUUUGGCAUCCGGAACUUCACGGACAAGCAAGCAGCACUUUAUGAAGCGUUUCGCGUGCUCAAGCCCGGCGGCGUGUUUGCCUGUUUGGAGUUUAGCAAGGUCGACAACACGCUGUUCAACGAGGUGUAUAAGCGAUGGAGCUUCAGCGCGAUCCCGCUGAUUGGGCAGGUUGUGGCAGGGGACCGGGCGAGCUAUCAGUAUCUGGUUGAAAGCAUCGAGCGCUUCCCCAGCCAGCAGGAGUUUAGGGACAUGAUCCGCAAGGCCGGGUUUAUGAUCCCCGGCCAGGGCUACGAGAACCUGUCUUGUGGUAUUGCGGCUAUCCACAAGGGGGUGAAGCCAGUGUCUGCUUGA